UUUGAGCGGUGAAAAGUCCCAACAGCGGCAAAAACCUCUUUUUCUCCUUCUUCACGAGCAGCAAAUUUCUUCUGCUGUCCUUUUCCUGCUGUUUAUCAGUCUUCUGUUCCGUCGAGAGCAGUGAAGCCAGCUUGGAGAAACGAUGAAGGUUACUUGGAAAGAUAUCGGCACUGUGCCAAAUGCGAAUGAGUUCUUGGAUGUUGUCCUCAACCGAACUCAGCGCAAAACCCCGACAGUUAUCAGACCCGGAUUCAAGAUUUCACGAAUCCGAGCCUUCUACAUGCGCAAAGUUCGCUACACUGCCGAUGGUUUCACUGAAAAGCUCCAGGACAUCGUAGACUCGUUCCCCCGUCUUGAUGAUAUCCACCCAUUCCACCAGGAUCUCCUGAAUACUCUCUACGACAGAGACCAUUACAAAAUCGCGCUCUCGCAGCUCUCAAUGGCGAAGCAUCUCAUUGACCAAGUCUCGCGCGACUACGUCCGUCUGCUCAAAUUCGGUCAGUCGCUGUUCCAGUGCAAGCAGCUCAAGCGCGCGGCUAUGGGUCGCAUGGCUACCAUCGUCAAGCGUCUCAAAGAUCCAUUGCUCUACCUCGAACAGGUCCGCCAGCAUCUCGGCCGUCUUCCCGCGAUUGACCCCAACACCCGCACGCUCGUGAUCUGCGGCUACCCUAACGUCGGAAAGUCGUCGUUCCUCAAGUCGAUCACCCGUGCUGAUGUCGACGUGCAGCCGUAUGCGUUCACGACCAAGUCGCUCUACGUCGGCCACUUUGACUACAAGUACCUGCGCUACCAGGCCAUCGAUACGCCCGGAAUCCUCGACCAUCCGCUCGAGGAGAUGAACACGAUCGAGAUGCAGUCAAUCACUGCGAUCGCUCACCUGCGCUCCUGCAUCUUGUACUUUAUGGAUCUUUCCGAGCAGUGCGGAUUCUCGGUCGAGGCUCAGGUCCACCUCUACCACUCGAUCAAGCCGCUCUUUGCCAACAAGACCGUGAUGGUCAUCAUCAACAAGAUCGACGCCAUGCGUCCUGAAGACCUGGACGAGAACCGUCGCGCGAUGCUCGACACCAUCACCGCUGAGGGCAACGUGGAAAUCAUGCAGCUCUCGUGCCAUCUCGAGACCAACUUGAUGGAGGUCCGCAAUGCCGCGUGCGAGAAGCUGCUUGCGGCGCGCGUCGAGCAGAAGCUCAAGGGCACCAAGGUCAACGACGUGCUCAACAAGAUCCAUCUUGCUGUGCCCAUGGUCCCGCGCGACGGCGUCGACCGAUCGCCUUUUAUUCCCGAGGCCGUCAAGUCGAUGAAGAAGUACGAUCCUAAUGACCCCGAGAGACGUAAGCUUUCUCGCGAUGUCGAGGCCGAGAACGGUGGCGCUGGUGUGUACAACAUCAACCUGAGAGACAAGUACAUGCUCGAGAAGGACGAGUGGAAGAACGAUAUCAUUCCCGAGUUGCUCGACGGUAAGAACGUCUACGAUUUCCUUGACCCCGAGAUCGGCUCCAAGCUGCAGGCUCUGGAGGAAGAGGAGGAGAGACUCGAGGCCGAAGGAUUCUACGAUUCCGAGGAUGACGAUAUCUUUGAGACCGAGGAGGAUGCCGAUAUCCGAAUGAAGGCGGCCUGGAUCCGCGAGAAGAAGAAACUGAUCCAGAACGAGAACAGAUCGCGCAAGAGUCUGCGCAACCGCGCCAUCAUCCCGCGCUCCAAGGUCCGCAAGACGCUCUCCCAGAUGGAGGCUCAUCUCGACUCUAUCCACGUCGACCACACCGAGGUCACCGAGCGCGCUCGUGGUCGCGCGGCGGAGGAGAAGGCUUACGAGGCGUCGAUCGACGAAGGUGGAGUUGACACGAUCAUGCGCGAGGCUGCGCGGUCGCGCUCGCGCGGUCCGGCGGAGUCGACCGCGAACGAGAUCCAGAGCUCGAGAUUCGACGCGGGAUUGGGCACCAAGUCGCUGCGUGCGAAGGCCGAUAGAAUCGAGAAGAUGCAUAGACGGGAGCGGAAUCGCCUGGGUCGCGCGGGAGAGGCGGAUCGACAUGUGGCUGAUACCAAGCCGAAGCACUUGUUUGCUGGUAAGAGAGGUAUCGGCAAGACCUCUAGACGUUAAGGAGAGAUCUGGUAUAAAAGUUGGAUUUUGUUUGUUUGUCUUGUUUUGUCUUGUUUUGUUUCGU